UAAACAAUUUCACAAAUUCAAAUAGGGACACACUCAAGGGAGUCCUCUGGAGUGGACAAAUCACAAGGUUUCCUAGAAAAACUGAUUUUUUUCUACAUUUUUUUCUACAUCUACAUUUCUACAUUACAUUUACACAGUAAACACAAUUAAGCUGUAUAUAACUCUAUUGAAAAGGAGCGAGAAAUUAAAUAGGUUACAUUUUAUUUUCUCAAAACCCUAAAACUUGGAGAUCAUUCAUGCAUCUGAUCAAGUCAGACACUAUACCGAUCCUCAGACAUAGUGAUUCCCUCUUCCUCUGUGCUGACACCAAACAUGAUAGUGUUCCCAGGCCCCCCUGAAGGCACAGUCUAAAGAGAGAGACAUUAAUAGAUAAUGACUGGGAAGAGAACACAUAAAUACCUUUUAAAAAAUUAACAAACCUCGAUUUCCUUGGACAUAUGAGCAAUAAGAAAAAGUCACCCAACAUCUUUUUAGGAAACACCUAUACAAAAUUCUCAGUCAUAACUUGCUUCUAGCUUCACACUGCAUGACAAGGGCCACUAUUUUCUUGUGAUGAUGAGGAGAGUCCAGUCUGGCCAAAAUUCCUAGCCACUGACAGCCCCUCAUAUUUAGCAUUUUCAGUCACUCUGAUCAGGAUCUCUAACCCAAGGGCUGCAUUUCCAAAAGGACAAGACCCUUGCCAACAAACUGGGAAUUCAGGAGUCCCAGGGAAGGAGGGACUAAAGGAGCUAUUGCUUUCCCACUAUUUCCAGCACUGUGUCACACUGUUUGCAUCAUGCAUCAUUCAUCUGCUGUGAUGAAAUGUAACCCCGCGUUUUAAAAAAAGACCUCUGCAACAGUGAGGAUACUAUAUCUUUGUGAGAAGUGUUUCACAUAUUUUCCAUGGGCAUCAACUGCUCCUGCUUCUAUUUAAAUCCGUGUGGCCCUCUUCAGAGGGCAUUAUUCACUUCAGGAAGUCCAUUCAGAAGGUGCUGAGCAGAGGAAGGGGAGAAGCCAGGAUGGCAGCAGACAGCAACGUGGCUCCUGAGGAAAAUCCGAGCGCUGCUCCUGUGAAAAGGGCUGUCCACAAGAUCCGGAUGGCCAGCCACGUCUUCAGCUUGGCACGAGGCUGGCAGCAGUGGGCAUCUGAGCACCAUGUAAAGCAAGAGCAAGAGCCCUCUGGAUGGGUUCCCACUGCAGAAAACUCAUCAGCUCAGCCUGCACAAGAAAACUCCUUUGAAAAAUGGCAAAUUCCAUCUGUCAAGAAGGACCAAGAAAAAGGUGAUGAAAAAUCCUUAGCAAAGGAAUCAGUGACAAAAAGAGAUGCUGAAAAAAACUCAAGGGAAUCAGAUGAAGACCUCAAAAUGUUCAGCAUUAAAAGCAAAGAGGUGACCAAAACAGUUGUCAGCAAAGCCUACGAGCGGGGGGGCGAUGUCAGUCUCCUGAGUGAAAGAUACGAGAACAACAACAGCAAUUCCGAGAUGACCGGACUCAAAGAAGAAUCAAGUGCUAUUGACAAAAUUCUUAGCAGCAAAUUGCCUUCAACCAUAAGGAGAAAGUGUUCAAAUGUGGUAUCAGAGCUGACCAAGGGCUGGGAGAAGAUGGAAGAAGAGGACAAAGAUGUGGACAAGGGAGAACUGCUGCUUAAGUGUCGUGAAGACAGCCUGGAUGCCCAGGACAGUGGCUAUGGGGAAGCAGAGGACAAGCUGGAGCAGGAGGACAGUGACCGGGAGGUGACAGCUGUGAGGAUUAAACGGCCUGUCCCAUCUGUCGCCAGCCGGCUGAGCGAGGAGGCGCGCAGCAAGGCGCGCAGGAAAUGCAGCGCCGUGCACAGCCUCAAGGACCGCUGGCAGGAAUGGGCCGAGCAGCACAUCACCACGCAGAAGCUGAACCCCUUCAGCGACGACUUCGACCACGAGCUGGCCAUGGCCACGCGUCUACACAAAGGCGAUGAAGGGUACGGCCACCCAAAGGAGGGGACCAAAACCGCUGAGAGAGCCAAGAGGGCUGAGGCGCACAUCCACCGCGAGAUCAGGGACAUGUGCUUCAUCAUCGAAUCGAUGGCCAGGCCACGGCCCGACGGCAAGAUCCAAGUCACUUUCGGGGAGCUCUUCGACAGAUACGUUCGCAUUUCAGAUAAGGUUGUUGGGAUCCUGAUGAGAGCCAGGAAACACGGGCUGGUGGACUUCGAAGGAGAAAUGUUAUGGCAAGGAAGAGAUGAUAAUGUCAUAAUUACUUUAUUAAAAUAAGUUAGGCUAUAAUCAGAAUAACUUUUGGAAAACUUUUCUCCUCUUCACCCUUGCCAUUAGCAUUUGCACAUUUGAAUAUACGAUUCAGCUGUUCACCACUUAGAAGAGUAUUUUUUGAAAUAUGUAUUUUAUAACUAGUGCAUGAUAACCGAAACAUCCAAAUGGACUUCAUUUUGUACAUUGCUUGCAGGACAAUUAAGCUAAUUACUACAUGAAAAAUAAGGAGAAAAAUCCAUAUGAAAUAUAAGCAGCUGAUGAUAAAAGCCCAGAGCAAUAUAAAUAGCUACAAACUGAUUGCAACUUCUACUUCAUGUUACAUUAAGAUAUUCCCAACUUGUUUAAACUCGAAUAUCAGGAAUAUGAAACAUGCCAGAUCAGAAGUUGAAUGACAAUAUGAACUCAGGCAAAGUUUUUGAUCUGAAAAAUGGUCUUGUGCAUGUACUUCCCUUCCUAAUUAAUUGAUUUAAAUACAAGUAAAAUUACCUUAUUAUAAUACAGAAUCAUGGAUGCUGCAUGUUUUUCUUUACAAGUAUGAUAUGUAACUAUUACUGCACUAUUAUCUUCUUGAUACAACUGUUGACACAGCUUUCUCUUAUAUAUAACAUAAAAAUUAUUCUUUUUAUAAAUGGAAUUUUAUAUAUUUAUUGUAUUUAUAUAACUAAUUUUUUUAGAUUAUUUCAUAUUUAAACUUAUGGAGGUUGGAAUGUAAUGAAUAAAAAGUUUUGAAUAGACAGCUAUCUAAAAAUACUUUCUAUGCAACAUUGUGCAACAUCUCAUCUGAUUAUCUAUACAGAUAUUCUUCUUAUAAACACAGGGAAAAUAAUAUGUAACAUAUAAAUACUAGCCAGGUACUUGUACUUUUGUAUACAGCAAAAAGUGACUAACAUCAUCAUCUUCCAUUGAAAUGUUCCUCUAUGAGAAAAGAGAGAAAUGGGUUCAUAACUUUGAGGAAAAUGUUGUUCCGCAUUAUACAGAAAUACUGACCUCAUUUUACAGCAUUUGCCAUUCCAAUGUCACAGAAAUAAUUUAUUUCUGUCCACGUGAUGCUGAAGAGGACUAAAUGCUUAUGAACUAAUACUUCUAAGGCUUAAAAUCAUAUUAUUCACAAAUCUGAGAACCCUGUAAGGUCUCUGCUACUUACUGGAUUAAAGAGAUCAGUUUCUCUAUUAUUGUAAAAAAUAGCUGUCCUGGUAAAAUGUGUGCUCUUAACAUGAAAAGCAUGUUUCAUAGCAGAUGCCUGGGCAAGUAAUGAAAAAGAAGUGUUUUCUUCCCUCUUAAGAGUCUUUCAAACUGAAAAAGCAAAUAUUUUCUUACAGAAGUAGAGGUGUAUUAACAUCUUGUCUCUGAUAAAACAAGUAUUGCCAUCUUAUUGUGAGUACAGACACUCCAGCUUGAAGCUUCAAUGUACAAAUAAACCAAAUAUUCUAUAACUUAAUGAUACAAGAACUGACUAUUACAUCUAUUCUAAAUCUAUGUAGAUCAUUGAUACUUUGGGCAUAGUUACAUUAUGUGACUCUAUGGAAGAAAAAUUAAUUGUAAGAUGGACUCAAUGGAGCUUAUUUAAUGUUUUCUUGAGAUCUCAGACUACUCAAGUUGACCUACAAAACUGAUGUAUUACUGUAAUACUUACAUAAUUUUUACCUGCAUAUUCUUAAGUUCCUCUUUUUACCUUUAUAUAAUGACUUUUUAUAGCUGUCUAAAUUGUCUUGAAAAAAAUUUGUUGUCAAAGUAAUACAUGAACUAUAAAUAAAAUUAUUUAUUAUAAAUAAUUAUUCUCCCAUAUACUAUAAAACAAAUACGUGUGCAGAUUCAGUGAAGUAAAAUAUUAGUAAGUUACUUCAAAAUAUGAAAACAUCCUCCUUUCCAUAGGCUGUUAAAAUAUUUCCUGUGAAGGUUUCUCUGUCCAAAGCACCAGAAAAAGAUUUCAGAGUACAUGGCAACAGACCUUACACAAAACACCUGUACAAAGAAUACACACUAAAGGCAUGUAAGGGUUAACUGAAUUACGCAUUUCUGCUUGUGAGAAUCCUCAUCCUACCACAGGAAAACGCAGCAGCCAUAACAAUGUAAUCACUACUACAUAUCAUCACCCUCACUGAUUGCCAGCUCACUGCAGGUAACUUAAGCCUCCCAUUCAUUCAUCCCAGUGUUAAAAUCUACGUAAAAUAAACCAACACCCCACUUUUUCCUAUUCUUCCCCCCAAACUAUUUUAUUUCCAAUUGGAUGAGAAAACGACGUGACAUAACUAGUAUUUUUGCUCAUACUAUGCUCCACUAUUUACCUUUGAGUAGGUGGUAUCAUGCAAAGUCUUCUAAUUUCUGAAAAUAAUUUACCAUUUUUGUCAAAAAGAAAUACUAAAUAUUGAUGUAAGUUAUGGUGUAUGGAAGCAUUUCAUGUAGUUUAUAUGCUUUAUAACAUUUUUUUACAUUAACUUGUGUGAUAAAUUUAUCCAUGGUGUGGGAAAUAAUAAAUCUGACCUCAUUAAAAAACAACCAAACAAAAGUGCUCCCUGAAUUAUCCAUCCUAAAUCUCCUAUUAUACUGUGCUGCAUUCCUGUGAAAUUAGCACAACCCCUGCCAAAUUUAAAUAUUCUAAGUAAUAGAUGAUAAAGGUCAAAACCUGCUUGAUUAAAGCAGUCUCUGUAAAUUUUUAAGACUUGCUUUCCUAGUUCUGACUUGCUUUGAAAAUAAAACCCUUAACCUUUGAGACAAUGAGCAACUCUCAGCUACUCUCAUGAUAGCUUAUAGUUGCACAUUAUUUUCUUAAAUACUGUAUUCACCCCCAAAAUGUUUUACUUGAAACAGAACUCCUGCACUCUCCUGUCUGAAGCUAGUGUUGUUUUUGCACAUCCUUGGUAGUGAAAAGAUUCUUCCUCUGUAGGAACUUACAUACAUUUCUCAUAUUCUAAUACAGUUAUCAAGCUUCAGUGACAGCAUGGAACUUGUACCAGAAGAAAUAAAUUUGACUUUUACACCUUUGUAUUUUUCCAAGUCUUACCACAUUUACUGCAGUGGCUUGAAGUGAGUAGAAAGUUCCAUGGACAUGUAUCCCACCCAGUGGAAAUCAACUCUCUCCUCCACAACAAUGAUUCCUUCUUUACAAACGUUUCUGUACAGUCAAGGUUUAGUAAUAAGCUCAUUUUUAAAACAGGGGAAGGCUAUUGAAAUAAAAUUACCUGUAGUGAAGAGCAUUACUAUUCAUGGCGGAAUGUUCGAUCAUUCCUCAUCACAGAACAGGUAAUGGCAGCCCCUCCUCUCACAGCCAUUUCAGCUGCUAUGUACACACUGCCCUGCCCCAAAUUCUCAACUAAAGCCACUGCUGACACCUCAGGGCACAAAGCAGUUGAGCAUUCAACAGCACGUGUACUAUUAGCAGUGUAAUUAUCACAAGAGAAAACAAACUACAAUUACAAAGCUUGUAAGCAGAGCUGGCACUGGCACUUCUGCAGUGAGACAGCCAGCAGGACUGGCUUGCACUUGAUUUGCACAUACUACACCCAGUGUACAUCAUUCCCUCAGCUGGACGAUUCCUCUCUCUG